CAACAUCCAAGUACAACUUUGAACAUAAAUUCAAAUCAAUUAUACCAAUGCCGGAUGCUGUUGUGCAAGCCCGGCCAUCUACGGCCGGGUCCACGGUGUCGCGGGACACGACUGCCGCGUUACGGCCCGAUGCGAAGGAGGAAAUUUGGUCUACUAUGCUCAGCUCUGUGUCGGCAACGAAGGCCAUUCCAUUGAAGAACGUCUUCAUUUUGGGUGGUGGUGCAACUGGCGCUCAAGAAUUCGUGGAGUCGUUAAUGAGAGUUCAGGGAGCCGAGAAGAAGCGUGCGCGGCAACGGAAGCAUACACAGGCGCCAUUGACGACUGAACUAGCAUUGGGCUAUACAUAUUUGGAUAUUGAAGAAGCUGAGCAUGAAGACAUCUUGACACGCCUCGGUCUCUACACGCUUCCCGCACCUGCGCCAUCUUACGAACCUAUCCUUGCUCAAGCGGUCGCAGCUUCGCCGAUACCCGACAACCUACUUCUCAUUUUACUGGACUGGGCAACUCCGUGGACAUGGCUGUCGGAGAUCCGUAAGUGGGUGCGGACGUUGAAACGAGUGACGAGCAGAAUCCGAGAGUCGGAUGCCCUGGCUGAGGAGGCCAUGGAUAAGCUAAUGGAGGACUGGGAAAUGCGUAUACGAAACUAUACCGAGAAUGCAACGGCAACAGCAACUAGCGAGGCGGCGGUCAGUGAUGUCUCUCUACCACUAUCAUCCGGUCAAUUUGAUGAUCCAUUGGGUCUUCCUUUGAUGGUCGUCUGUCAUAACGCCGACAAAACCGAAAGUAUUGCACGGGAAGCGAACUUUAAGGACGAGCAGUUCGACUUCAUCCAACAAUAUUUACGCACUGUCUUACUGAAACACGGCGCCGGUUUGCAUUAUACCACUCCUUUCUUAACGGAGACGACUUCAGCAUUAUUCAAUGCCAUCCAAUCAGCAUUCUCUCUUCCAACUGCUGCACCAACACCCAAGGCGAACGUCAUUGCAAGAGAUGCCGUAAUUAUCCCUUUCGGAUGGGACUCGUGGGGCAAGAUCCGUGUCCUCCGAGAGGGGUUUGAUGUCGAAGGCGUCCACGCCGGAUGGGCUGUAGACCUCAAGGAGGACAGUAAUGACACGGAAGCUAGCGCAAUCGAAGUCUACGAAGAUGUCAUCAAAGACCCUAAGCAGGCAUCUUCAGCUGUGCUGGCUCUCGGUGCAUCAGAUAGCAUAACGCAUUGUGCAGCUGAGCAGGACUUCCUGACAGAACAACUCAAGAUCCUGGAGAAGAAGGCCUCCGAAAGCAAGGAAGCGCCGUCAUCUGCUUCGCAAAUGUCUGCGUCAUCAAACUUUUCGUACACCAACUCUGCACUGGGACCUGUGUCAUUCAACGUUGGCGGAAUCCAAGUCGAUGCCGACGAUGUGGAUGAGAGGCUGCGCCGUCUGAAGGACAGGAAGAGCAUCAAACCAUCAUCGAGCGAUGUCACUCUUGAUGGUAUAGACGGAGGCAAAGCACAGACUGAGGUACUGCAGAACUUCUUCAACAGCUUGUUGACCAAGAAGGCCAACAAGCCCACGACCUCCGGCGGCAGUCCCUCCCGGUCGAGUUCGAAAGAUGUCCCUCCACGGUCAUCGCGUUCGGAUACGGAGGCUCGGUGAGUUGGAAGCGUUAACUGUUGGAUUGGCGUUUUUGGGUUUGGCUAUUACGGCGUACAUUGGCUUUCGCACAUAACACUACAGGGAUUGCAUUGGAAUACCCAAAAUAUAUUGCUUGCUGAG